AUGGGCGACCUUGUCAGCAAGGAAGCGGUCCCGGAUGUCCCGAAAGUUACACCUGCCUUCAAUGACAUCAUGAUAUCCGAUCGAUACGGAAGCGAGAAGGCUGAGGAUGUGUCGUGGCGCAGACUUCACGAUGCUAUCGUCAACAACGAUAUUGAGCGAUGUCGCAGCAUCCUGCGUGACAACAUAUAUCCAGGUAACAUGCACUCCCUAGAUUCAUGGAUUAACUCCCACCCCCGGGGAGGAGGCCGCUUCACGCGCACCGCACCGCCCCUACACCUAGCCUGCAUGCACCGACGACCCCAGAUUGUAAAACUGCUGCUGGAAAAUGGAGCAAACCCGUAUUCUUGGGACAAUUUUGGGCGAUGUGCGGUUGCCGUACUCUUGGAAUACUGGCCCCGGAUCUCCGUCGAUUGGGAGGAAAUGGGGGACACUGCAAAGAAAUCACGUGAAGAGGAAGAGUUUAAAACUCGUGUUUGGCAGCAACAUCAAAGAUCACUUGGGUGUCUAAGACACCUCCUGAACGCUGGGUUCGAUGUACGCGUUGCCGCCAGCACGUGCCAGAAACAGUCAGUGCUUCACUUGUGUGGCAAAUUUGAUUUAUCGGAACCAGUAAAUAUGUUCCUGGAGAGGGGAGCGGAUUUGGAAGCCCGGGACUAUGAAGGGAGAACUCCGUUGUUGUACGCCGCGUCCAUAGCCCAUGGUAAUGUGUAUCAGGAAUUGCUGACGUGCGGAGCAGAUGUGAGCUCGAGCGACUACUGUGAGCGACAGGUUCUGCAUUACUUGUGCGACAACCCCUCGAAUCAUCACAGUUUAGUGACGCAUACGAUCAACCGGGGCGCACGUGUCAACGCACUCGACUUUACAGGUGACUCUCCGUUACACCGAGCUGCAAAGAAUGGAUCUCCUGAACACAUCCGGGUCUUACUACACCUCGGAGCCGACCCCGACUCUCUCAACAAUAGGGGAAGGUCGCCACUAUUUCUCUUACUUCAUCGACGGGAAAAGAUCGUCAUGGCAAGUUUUCUUCCUCUCCUGAUGACGUCAUGCAGAAUAAGAAUCCGGGACAAUGACGGAGACAUGCCGAUGUUGCUGAAACGCCGUGGUUUCAGUGACCUCUCGCGGCGAUUGGAGGAACUAAGCAGCACACCUCCUUCCCUGAUGAGAACUUGUCUUGUAAAAAUCCGAGCCACACUCGGUAUUGAGCGAUGUGAAAUGGGCGUGGUGGAUUGUCUCCCCCUGCCAAAAGUUCUACAAGACGGCGUGCUCGGUUCUGACGAACUGUGCCUCAUUGCCGCCAACAUUCACCCGAUAUUCUUGCUGGAGACAAGGGCAGACAACCUCAGCACUGACCUGUCCGGAAGCUGA